AUGGCGUACAAGCUCUUGGUUACCCUUUACUCGUUGGUGGUCGUGGCAUCUGCUGCACUCUUUAACCCUGCCAUUUACUUUGGAUCAAGAGUCAUCCAGAAUACCUGCAAUUGCAUUCCAUUGGACCAGUGCCCGGUGCUUUAUUACAAUUUUCUAACAGCCAGAAGCGAAUCUUUGGUACCAGUUUAUGGAGAAUUCGUAAAAACCUACCACUGUGGCUAUCACGGCAAGAUGCCCGAUGGCAACGAAAAUCAGCGUGUCAGCGACGAUCUGGAUGAGAUCGUAAAACAAAUAGUGGAACAAUUUCUACCGGAACCGAGUACUCCACAAACAGGAAAAGACGAAAAUAAUGGUAACGAUGACAUUGACGAUAUCGUGAACACGUUAAUGGAAGAAUUCGCGCCAGAUCCGUCGGUGUCAGCAUCAGAUAGCGAUCUAGAUGUAAAUAAGCCCAAAUCCAAAAACAGUGUUAGUGCGAGCACGAAUAUCGAACUGAACGCCAAAUGUGGCCGGGUGUCCGAGACCGCUGACUUUCCUUGGCUUGUCCUCUUGGAGUACGAAACAAGUAAGUCAAUGUUCCUUUGCGGUGGCUCCCUGAUAACCGAUCGGGUAGUCCUGACGGCCGGCCAUUGCGUGGAAUCGAAGUCCAACAAACUGGUGAGCGCGAGGCUGGGCGAGUACGCGCCCAAGGGGCCGAUCGAGUGCUCGUACAACCCGAGCUCCCGCAAGUACGAGUGCGCCAAAGGUAGCGUCGACGUAGACGUCGAGUCGGUUCACCUCCACGAGGAUUACUACUCUGGAAAUGCCCGCCACGCGAUGCUCGAGCAAGGCAGGCACAACGACGUCGCGCUCGUCAAGCUGAGCCAAAGGGUCGGCUUCACCGAGCACGUCCGGCCGAUAUGUUUGCCCGCACGAACGCCACCGGAAGAGGGAGACUUUGUCAUAGCCGGCUGGGCUCGGAAGAUUUAUUCCAAGGGUAAAAUGAGAUCGGGGGCGGCGUUCAAAGUGAGGGAGAUGGAGUCGGCGUGCAAUUCGUAUCGGUUCGACAGGGGCGAGUUCAUCUGCGUUGCCAACGAGCAUCCCGUGACAAGUGGAAGCGCGAUUUGCGUGGGCGACGCCGGUGGUCCGAUAAUGGCCCGGGAAGUGAAGAGCGACGGCGAGCCGAGGUUUACGCUCCGCGGGAUCUCUAAUGCUGAUACGUCUUGUAGGAGAAGGGGUGACAAGUACGGGCUGUUGUUUACGAGGAUCGACCCGUACAUGCCGUGGAUAAACAGCAAAUUGAGGGAGAUUCUGUGA